AAACCAACCAGGAUGUGGGAGCGCCCAAAAUGAAAUACAGGUACUGACAAGUGACUCGGCUCUACCCCGAAUGCAGCACCUGUUCUACUGAAGGGGUGCGGGCAGACCCGCCUGGACCGCGUGCACGGGGCUGGAGCGUCCUGGAGAACGUGUCCCAUGCAGGGAGCUCUGUUAUCGGGCACAUGACUGUUUGGGAUUGUGUGUCCUCUUGACGAAUUGACCCGUCAUCCUGUGGAACGGCUUUCUCUGUCCCUGGGGAGAGCCUUUCUGUGGCAUCGCCUUUGUCCCAUUUCUCUUUUAGAGAAAGUCAUCGCAAGAGAAGACGUCUGUUGAUCUGUGGAGCUCCCACCUGCAGGCUCUCCGUUCCUGUGGGUGGAGCUGCGUUUCCGUCUGGGAUUCUUUUCCUUCUGCCUGGAGGUCUCCGUGGUAGUGCUGUCCGUGCGGCUCUGCCAGCGCUGAGCAUCUCUGUCCGCACCCUGCCAGUCCGCCGCUUCUGUCCCAGCUUGUGCCUGGCAGCUGGCCGCAUGCAGGCUGCCCGCGCGGAGCCCGGGGAAGGGUCUCAGCCUCGCGGGGACGCCGGCGAGGAGCAGGUCCUCCCCUGAACCGGUACACACACUGCCUCAGGCCACCUGGCGUUGACGUGGCCGUGGCCCUUGCCCAUCGCUGUACUUGGAUGUGUCGGCGGGACCCUGGAGCUCUGUGGGGCCUUGUCUCCGUGGAAGUUCCGAGCCACUGAGUCGCGGACAGGAAGACGCUGCCAGCGAUGAGCUCCCAGAGCCAUCCAGAUGGACUUUCUGGCCGAGGCCAGCCCGUGGAGCUGCUGAGCCCUGCCCGCGUGGACCACGUGCCCAGCCCUGUGGACGUGGCCUCGGCCCUGCCUUUGCAGGUGGCGCCCUCAGCAGUGCCCAUGGACUUGCGCCUGGACCGCCCGUUCUCACUGCCCGGGACAGAGCCCGCCGUCCGGGAGCAGCAGCUGCAGCAGGAGCUCCUGGCGCUCAAGCAGAAGCAGCAGCUGCAGAGGCAGCUCCUCAUCGCCGAGUUCCAGAGGCAGCACGAGCAGCUGUCGCGGCAGCAUGAGGCCCAGCUGCACGAGCACAUCCAGCACCAGCAGGAGCUGCUCGCCAUGAAGCACCAGCAGGAGCUGCUGGAGCACCAGCGGAAGCUGGAGAGGCACCGCCAGGAGCAGGAGCUGGAGCAGCAGCACCGGGAGCAGAAGCUGCAGCAGCUCAAGAACAAGGAGAAAGGCAAAGAGAGCGCCGUGGCCAGCACCGAGGUGAAGAUGAAGCUGCAGGAGUUUGUCCUCAACAAGAAGAAGGCGCUGGCCCACCGGAGCCUGAACCACUGCCUGUCCAGUGACCCUCGCUACUGGUACGGGAAGACGCAGCACAGCUCCCUGGACCAGAGCUCCCCACCCCAGAGUGGGGUGUCGGCCUCCUACAACCACCCAGUCCUGGGCAUGUACGAUGCCAAAGACGACUUCCCUCUCAGAAAAACAGCUUCGGAACCCAACCUGAAAUUACGGUCCCGGCUAAAGCAGAAAGUGGCUGAGAGACGGAGCAGCCCCCUGUUGCGCAGGAAAGAUGGGCCCGUCGUCGCUGCUCUGAAAAAGCGUCCCUUGGAUGUCACAGACUCGGCCUGCAGCAGCGCCCCCGGCUCCGCGCCCAGCUCGCCCAACAACAGCUCCGGGAGCGUCAGCACGGAGAACGGGAUUGCGCCCGCGGUCCCCAGCAUCCCGGCCGAGACCAGCUUGGCACACAGACUGGUGACUCGAGAAGGCUCCGUGGCCCCACUCCCCCUCUACACGUCACCAUCCUUGCCCAACAUCACUCUGGGACUUCCUGCCACCGGCCCUUCCGCUGGGGCAGCAGGCCAGCAGGAAGCCGAGCGACUGGCUCUCCCAGCCCUUCAGCAGCGGCUGUCCCUCUUCCCCGGCACCCACCUCACACCCUACCUGAGCACGGCGCCCCUGGAGCGGGACGGCGGGGCGGCCCACAGCCCUCUCCUGCAGCACAUGGUCUUACUGGAGCAGCAGCCCGCGCAGACGGCCCUCGUCACAGGCCUGGGCGCACUGCCCCUGCACACACAGCCUCUGGUCGGCGCGGACCGGGUGCCCCCGUCCAUCCACAAGCUGCGGCAGCACCGCCCGCUGGGGCGCACGCAGUCGGCCCCGCUGCCCCAGAACGCCCAGGCCCUGCAGCACCUGGUUGUCCAGCAGCAGCACCAGCAGUUUCUGGAGAAACACAAGCAGCAGUUCCAGCAGCAGCUGCACAUGAACAAGAUGAUCCCCAAAGCUAGCGAGCCGGCCCGGCAGCCCGAGAGCCACCCCGAGGAGACGGAGGAGGAGCUCCGCGAGCACCAGGCCCUCCUGGAGGAGCCCUACCUGGACCGGCUCCCCGGGCAGAAGGAGGCACACGAGCUGGUCGCCGUGCAGGUGAAGCAGGAGCCCGCGGAGAGCGACGGCGAGGAGGAGCCGCCCCGGGACACGGAGCCGGGCCAGCGCCCACCCACCGAGCAAGAGCUGCUCUUCAGACAGCAAGCGCUCCUGCUGGAGCAGCAGCGGAUCCACCAGCUGAGGAGCUACCAGGCCUCCAUGGACGCCGCCGGCAUCCCUGUGUCCUUCGGCAGCCACCGGCCGCUGUCCCGGGCCCAGUCCUCCCCCGCCUCGGCCACCUUCCCUAUGUCUGUGCAGGAGCCCCCCAGCAAGCCGAGGUUCACCACAGGCCUGGUGUACGACACGCUGAUGCUGAAGCACCAGUGCACCUGUGGGAACAGCAACAGCCACCCCGAGCAUGCCGGCAGGAUCCAGAGCAUCUGGUCCCGGCUGCAGGAGACCGGCCUCCGGAGCAGAUGCGAGUGCAUCCGUGGACGGAAGGCCACGCUGGAGGAGCUGCAGACAGUGCAUUCGGAGGCCCACACCCUGCUCUACGGCACAAACCCGCUCAACAGGCAGAAGCUGGACAGUCAGAAGCGCCUAGGCUCGCUAACCUCCCUGUUUGUCAGGCUGCCCUGCGGCGGUGUUGGGGUGGACAGUGACACCAUAUGGAACGAGGUGCACUCGUCGGGGGCGGCGCGCCUGGCGGUGGGCUGCGUGGUGGAGCUGGUCUUCAAGGUGGCCACGGGGGAGCUGAAGAACGGCUUCGCCGUGGUCCGACCUCCAGGACAUCACGCGGAGGAGAGCACGCCCAUGGGGUUCUGCUACUUCAAUUCUGUGGCCAUUGCAGCCAAGCUCCUCCAGCAGAGGCUCAGCGUGAGCAAGACACUUAUAGUGGACUGGGACGUGCACCAUGGGAACGGGACCCAGCAGGCCUUCUACAGCGACCCCAGCGUCCUCUACAUCUCGCUGCAUCGCUACGACGACGGCAACUUCUUCCCGGGCAGCGGGGCGCCCGACGAGGUGGGCACAGGGCCAGGUGUGGGCUUCAAUGUCAACAUGGCUUUCACCGGUGGCCUGGACCCCCCAAUGGGAGACGCAGAGUACUUGGCAGCCUUCAGAACGGUGGUCCUGCCGAUCGCGAGCGAGUUCGCCCCCGAGGUGGUGCUGGUGUCGGCAGGCUUCGACGCCGUGGAGGGCCACCCCACGCCCCUGGGCGGCUACAACCUCUCCGCCAAGUGUUUCGGCUACCUGACGAAGCAGCUGAUGGGCUUGGCUGGCGGCCGGAUCAUUCUGGCCCUGGAGGGGGGCCACGACCUCACGGCCAUUUGCGACGCCUCAGAAGCAUGUGUUUCUGCUUUGCUGGGAAACGAGCUUGACCCUCUCCCAGAAAAGGUUCUGCAACAGAGACCCAAUGCCAACGCCGUCCGGUCCAUGGAGAAGGUCAUCGAAGUCCACAGCCGGCACUGGCGCUCCCUGCGGCGCCUCCCGCCCACCGCUGCCUACUCGCUGGUCGAGGCCCAGAAGUGCGAGAAUGAAGAAGCCGAGACCGUCACCGCCAUGGCCUCCCUGUCCGUGGGGGUGAAGCCCUCCGAGAAGAGGCCCGAAGAGGAGCCCAUGGAGGAGGAGCCGCCCCUGUAGCCUCGCCGCCGUGGCGACUGUCUUACUUGUCUGUCUGUCUCGAAGCUCCGCCAAGACAAGCUCCUGUUUCUCUGCGUCCUGCCAGGGGUUCUCAGAACCGCAGGCGCACCAGGGGCCCAGACCCGGGUCUUACCGCAGGGCCACCUUGCAAGGGGCCCGGGACAGCUGGCGGGAUGAGCAGACGGCAGCCAGGCACCAGGCUCCCUCGGCCCCUGCGGGUGGAAGAGGGAGGAAGCCUGCGGCAGCUCAUGGCCGAGCUGCCCGACUUAGCUGGACCUACGAAGAGAAAAUGCAAAUCAAAGAUCUAAUAACACAACACAGACUUGAUUAAAACUGGUGCUUAACGUUUGAUGAUUGAUUACCCACAAUUCCACAGUCUCCGUGUAAACCACUCAU